AGAGAGAGAGAGCGAGCGAGAGCGCUGCUGGGGUGACUCCUUGCCAUCAAGGCCCUCCUAAGGCAGACACCUCAGAAAUAACUUUCAGUGGCUGCCUGUGGUAUCUGCUGCUGUUGGGUGCACAGAAGCAAGGUGUUACCGCAGUUGUAGGGUGGGAAUUUUUAACUGUGGGAAUGGGGGAGGGAGACUGCAGAAAGAGAGGCAAGGUCUGGGAAGAAAGGGAACCAGAGGCUGUAGGGAACGGAGCAGGAGGGCAAUAUCAGUACCACACAGAUUUUGCCCUCAGAAGAACUAGCUUUGAGUCCCACCCAGCCCAGCUGUUACUGUGUGACCUUACCCGACUCACCUUACCUCUCCCAGCCCGCCCUGGACCUUAUAGGAAUUAGCAGAAUCAAAUGAAGCAUUAAGUAUUCAAUGGCCAGAUUGGUAGCUGCUGUGAGAUUGUGCCAGUGUGGGGUGUUUUAGGAAGGGGAUGGAGUGGGGGAACCCCAAGGUUUCCCUGUGUGUAUAGGAGAGCCAGUCAAGGCCUGUGGGGUCCCAGCAGCAUGGUGCUUGGGUGAACUGGUUGGAGGUGUAGGUGGCACCCCACACCCCACUGUCUCUCUAUCAACAAAUAGUCACACUGUCUAGACAGACCAAGCUGGCUUUACUCUGUAGGCUCUGGGUGCCAAUAGAAGCUCCCAGGACUCCCAGGUUGCCCCACCUAUAGGCCAGUGGGGAUAAGGCUCUGGCUGAGCCAGCACCCUCUCCGCAGAGUGGACCCUGGCCAGCAGCCUGGCUGGCUGCAUUGAACAGGAAUAUCCCGGGCUGGCUAGGAAGAUGCUGACGCAGGGGCAGGCCCAGCAUUCUGUGAGCUGGACCUAGGCCCAGCUGUUAGGACCUGGGCACAGGGUGAGACAGACGCGAGGGUCGGAGUCAGGAGGAAAGAUACAGAGAGAGGCCUAAAGGGGACCCUGAGGCUGAAGCCAGGAAGCCUCAUUUGGUUAUUUCUUAAGCCUCCUGGGCGUCUGCUACAUGCCACACAGGUUUCCCAGGAACAGAACUGGAGAGGAUGCUCACAUAGGCCUCAUUGCCAAGGUUGUGGUGGCUGAGAUCUGUUGGGUUGGCAGAGUGGGUUUAUAAGACAGGUAGGUGUGUGUAUGUGUGUGUGUAUGUGUGUGUGUGUGUGAAUGCAUACACAUGCACAUUCAGAAUUUCCCUCGUGCCCAAGGUUUAUCACAGGGCAGGCCUCAAUCCGUUUGUAGUCUGUGGACCAGGUACUUGUCCUCCUGGGUCUCAGUUUCCCUCUAUAAUAUUAAGAGGAAAAUGAGUCCUGACUCUGGGUGUCUUCUAGCACCCAUUGUCAUUGUUUCCUGUAUUGGUGACCUUUGACAGCAGAAACAUAUCACACCUCAUGACCUGGUUUAGAGCAAGCUCAUACUGUAUGAGGAGCUAGAAUGGCCUUAGGUUGCACUUGCCUGUCGUGAGCCCACAAACAGCUUUUUGGCCUUGUUCUCUAAUUAGUUAUGGCCCUGGCCUAUGUGCUGUUCUCGGGUUGUGUGUGACAUUAGCUUGGUUAAUGAAGCACCAUCCUUGUUUCAUAGGCAUUCACGGGGGCAAAUUGACUUGAGCAAAGUCACACAGCUGUGAAGUGGCUGACUUGGAAUUUGAACCCUAGAGCCAGCUCUGAAGCCCCUGAGACAUGAAGUCUUCAUUUCCCAAUACUCUACCCAUACUGAGUGCUCAUUCCCUAGUCCUAACCUGUAGAGAUACCUAAUGAUCUUGGACUGAGCUCUGAGUUCUGGGAUGUUUAAUCCGGGAAGCUGGACACUGGCUGGACAAAGAGAUAGGGGACGCCUGGAGCCCACUGAUAUUUGUUCACAGAGCCAUAUCUACAGGUCCAAGAGCUGGGCAUUAAAAAGUAAUAUUGAGUCCACUUUGGGCCUUUGCUUCCUCAUCUAUAAAAGGUGGAUUUGAGUGAAUGCAGAUGUCCCUGGAUGCUUGAGUGAUUACUGGCUGAGGUCAGCUGUAGGAACAGACCAGGGGUCAAGGUGCCAAUGACUGAGCCAGGAGAGGUGGCUUCCAGAGUAGCUUGCACCCUAAGCUGGCUGUUUGACAAGAAGAGUUUCAGAUGAAAGUAUUCAAAGACUUGCUGGAGGCAGUGCAGAUGUACUGCAGAGACCAAGGGGAAGAAAUGAAGGAAAGUUUCGAGCACAUAAUCCAAGCAGACAUGAGCUUUGGUCACUUCACUCGGAGACCCAUAUGAUGGCACCAAGGACACAGAAGGGAGUCCCUUCGCCCUUGCCCUUGUCUGUGAAGUGGGAACAGUAACAAUUUCACCUACACAGUGUUGGGGAGACUGUGAAGAAUAAAGUGGAAUAUCUGUAAAAUUGGGAGAAUAUGGUGGCUGGUCAUUUUUCAAUCCAAAGCUGCAGUACUGGGUGUGCGUGUGGGGAGGGGCACUUGUCAUAGCCCUGAUGGGACUCUGCAUGGUGAGAAUGUGCUGGGGGACACCUUAAGGUCACAGCAGUACUUACAGACUCAUCACAGUGACCAGACAUUGUGCUGGGACUUCGUUUUUCAUUAUCUCCCUUGGUCCCAACAGCAGCAUUCUUUUGAGAAGAUGGUGGUCUCACCCACACUAGAUCCUGGCAAAGUCCCCAUCCACAGCCCCUUGUAGUCAUAGUAGCUACAAGUUAUAAACAAAUGAUAUACCAACCUCUGUUCAAAAAGUCUUACAUAUGUCAACUCUUACAUGACUCCCACGUAGCCCGAAGCGGCAGAUCUGAAUGCUGCCCUCUAUGUUACGGGUAAGUAGAGGAAGCCUGGAGGGAGAAGCGAGGGAAUCGCCUGAGUGGCACCAGUGGUAGGGCUGUUUGUGGAGGCAGGAUUUGACCCCCAGUAUCUAAGGUCAAAUGCAUGCAUCACUGAAGUUUUACUCCCCCGCCUCCAUACUGCAGUGUAGGGCUCACAUGGGCAUGGCCCUGUCUGACUUCAGACGGCAUGGCGCCUGGUGCGGCUAUGAAUGCCCAUAGGAGACUGGGCCCAGGGCAGCCUGAUGAGCUCAGCACAGAUUUUCAGAUCAUAGCUGCCUGAAUGGUAUCUGGUCAUCAGAGUGCCAGAAGCACUCUGGGUGGGGGGUGAGGGCGGAAGAGGGGACAGGUUCCCCACUGGCCCAGGUGCAGCUGAUCAGGACCCCAGAGUUUGAUAGCUGUGCUGUGUCUCACUUCUGUCCUUUGCUUCCAUGUGCCACCGUGACGAUGGCUGCGCUGUCCUUCCUUGACUGGCUGUAUGAUGACAACGGCUACUUCUGGGAACAUCAUGACAACAGAGAAGAGUUUAGCGGCUGAAGCUGAGAAUUCUCAGCACCAGCAACAGAAGGAAGAAGGAGAGGGAGCCACAAACUCAGGCCAACAAGAAACUCAGCUGGAGGAGGCCUCCCAAGCGGCCGCAGCUGAGGGCAGCGAUCAGGGUGAGCAGAAGCUGAAAGCAUCCAAUGGGGACACUCCAACACAUGAAGACUUGACCAAGAACAAGGAACGGACAUCAGAAAGCAGAGGCCUGUCACGACUGCUCUCCUCAUUCCUCAAAAGGCCCAAGUCGCAGGUCUCUGAAGAAGAAGGCAGAGAAGUAGAAUCAGAGAAAGAGAAAGGUGAAGGGGGUCAGAAGGAGAUAGAACUUGGAAACAGCCUUGAUGAAGACAUCAUUUUAAAGGCCCCCAUUGCAGCUCCUGAACCUGAGCUCAAAACAGACCCAUCUUUGGAUCUUCAUUCAUUAAGCAGUAUAGAGACACAGCCAGCUCAGGAAGAACACAGAGAGGACCCAGAUUCUGAAACGAAGGAAGGAGAAGGGAUUGAAGAGUGCUCUGGAACAGAGGUGAAAGAGGACCCAGAGUCAAGAGCAGAGAGAGAACCCGAAGCCUCCCAGAAGCCCGUCAGAAGACACAGAAACAUGCACUGUAAGGUCUCCUUGUUGGAUGACACGGUCUACGAAUGUGUUGUAGAGAAACAUGCUAAGGGACAAGACUUGCUGAAGCGAGUGUGCGAGCACCUCAACCUUUUGGAAGAAGACUACUUUGGUUUAGCCCUGUGGGACAGCGCAACCUCUAAGACAUGGCUGGAUUCUGCCAAAGAAAUAAAAAAGCAGGUUCGAGGUGUUCCUUGGAAUUUCACAUUUAAUGUGAAGUUUUAUCCACCCGACCCAGCACAAUUAACAGAAGACAUAACAAGAUACUAUUUAUGUCUUCAGCUUCGGCAGGACAUUGUUGCUGGACGUCUGCCCUGUUCCUUUGCAACUUUAGCCCUACUCGGGUCUUACACGAUCCAGUCUGAGCUGGGAGACUAUGACCCAGAACUGCACGGCAUGGAUUAUGUUAGUGAUUUUAAACUGGCUCCAAAUCAGACCAAGGAACUUGAAGAAAAGGUCAUGGAAUUGCAUAAAUCAUACAGGUCCAUGACUCCAGCUCAGGCUGACUUGGAAUUUCUUGAGAAUGCCAAAAAGUUGUCCAUGUAUGGAGUUGAUCUUCACAAAGCAAAGGACUUGGAGGGAGUGGACAUUAUUCUCGGCGUCUGCUCCAGCGGCCUUCUGGUUUACAAAGACAAGUUGAGAAUUAACCGCUUUCCUUGGCCCAAAGUGCUAAAGAUUUCUUACAAACGCAGCAGCUUCUUCAUCAAGAUCCGGCCUGGAGAGCAAGAACAUUAUGAAAGUACCAUCGGCUUCAAGCUCCCCAGUUAUCGAGCGGCCAAGAAACUAUGGAAGGUCUGUGUGGAGCAUCACACGUUCUUCAGACUCACCUCUACAGACACCAUCCCCAAAAGCAAGUUUCUUGCCCUGGGAUCCAAAUUCCGAUACAGUGGCCGGACUCAAGCUCAGACCAGGCAAGCCAGUGCCCUGAUUGACAGGCCUGCUCCACACUUUGAGCGGACAGCAAGCAAGCGGGCGUCCAGGAGCCUCGAUGGAGCAGCAGCUGCUGAGUCCACAGACCGAAGUCCUCGGCCCACCUCUGCCCCAGCCAUUGCUCAGAGUCAGGUCACAGAAGGGCCAGGGGCACCUAUCAAAAAAACACCAAAGGAAGCUGUGAAGGUUGAAGAGAAGCGGGGAGAAGAGCCGGCUGAGCCCGCUGAGCCGGAGCCCACAGAAGCAUGGAAGGUGGAAAAAACCCACACCGAGGUCACAGUACCUACCUCAAAUGGUGACCAAACGCAGAAGCUUGCAGGAAAAGGUGAAGAUCUGAUAAGAAUGAGGAAGAAAAAGAGAGAGAGACUAGAUGGUGAAAACAUUUAUAUCAGACAUAGCAAUUUAAUGUUGGAGGAUUUAGACAAGAGUCAAGAAGAGAUCAAAAAGCACCAUGCCAGCAUCAGUGAACUGAAAAAGAACUUUAUGGAAUCGGUACCCGAACCACGGCCCAGCGAGUGGGACAAGCGCUUAUCUACACACUCACCCUUCCGGACUCUUAACAUCAACGGGCAAGUCCCUACUGGAGAUGGAGUGAAGAAAACUUCUAUCCUCCCCUCGGGAAGAAAGGUUGGUGGGCCAGAGUGCCCUAGCUACUUUAUCCCUGAUACAUAUCACUUAGGGGUGUGCAAAGAACCGGUAUUCAGCUUCCAGACCGACCAGAGAAGGCUAGCUCAGCUAAAGGAACUCAGAGCCAAGUUUUUCCUCUCAUAGAUGCCAUCUGCCUUGACCUUGGAUAGCAGGAUACAGGGAUGCAGGGAAGAAAAGGUCCAAGUUGACCAACUGGGGAGCUGGGGGAGACUCCCUUAAAUGUUAUCAAAAGUGUUUGCUAAGUAUAUAAACCUUCAUGGUAAUCAUAACCAUUUCAGUCAGGGAUUCCAGGCUGUGUAAUCACUGAGGUCUUGUGGGGCUGUGUUUGCCUUUCUUGUUCUUCUCUGUGGCUGCCCCACCCCAGGGUAGACCCUGGAGACACAUAAUACAAUUUAUAAUUUUGAUCUUAUCUUGCAGUCUUUACUAAUAUUCCACUGAGCAAAAUCAAAUGCUCAUACUGAGCUAUUGCAGUCAGAGUCUUUUUUGAAGAGAUAUAAAAAUUGUUCUUUAUAUUCUGCCAUUCUGUUUGUUAGUAAAAGUAACUUCAUUCAGCAGAAUGCUUCGUUAUUGACACUGCCUAAUGCAUUGAUGAUUGGUGGCAGCAUCAAAGCAAUUAAAAAUGACCUGGAAUCCAUAUGUGGAAAAACAUUCAUGCAUGAAUAGCCUCAAUAAGUGACAGAGAGAGGGGAAGCAGGUGACUGCUUGAACUCCCAAGUGUUGCAACACUGAUUUAUUCCAAACACUAAAUUUUAAUUCAGUCACAUAGUUAAACCCGCAGGGUAAAUUGCCAAAGUAGCGAGGGGCUAGAACUUCAAGAGCACCCAGGAGAUCUUCCCACACCUUUGCACAUCCCCAAGAAUCACUUAAGCAUUUUCCAUCUGUCAUUUUGUUCAUCUCUCUGUCUUUCUUGAUCUUCUACUGUGAAAGCAGACACAAGAACGUGCUCUGUUAGUACAGGGUGAAGAGAACAGUAAAAGGCCAGAGAGAUCCACUGAGAGAACCUUGCCCCAGCGCGAAAAUGAAGAGAUUGCUCCCAAGGUUUCUAUUCCAAUCCCCGAGGAACACAAGGCUCUCAAAAAGUGCCACCUCUACUCUAGUGCUUUUCCGUCGCCUCGUAUUCCUUUCAUGAUGUCUUUUCUCCUGGUCCUUGCCCUGGCUGUUUGGUGGUUGAUCUUUCUGUGAUUGGAAAACAGGGUGCUCAUCUGACAUGUCAAGACUAAAACCACCGAACUCUGUCUCUAGCUUGGAAUGUGUAAUUGCCCACGUCACGCCUCGGAUCCUGAGCGUUCACUGUCAUAGGGACCUCUGGAGGUUCUUUUUCCUGUCAAUAAUAAAAUGUGAAUCUCUGCAGAGUAUACAUUGUGAGGAAAAAGGAGUAGUGAUGGAUUGGCCCACCAGUGCUCCUACCCCAAAGUUAACUUUAGGCAAAUCAGAUGGAGGUAUAUGGCAGGUGGUACUCACCCCAAAGCUACCGUGCACACUCUUACUGUUGACCUGCUAUGUCCCCUUCUCAGUGUCUCACGCAGACUGGGACACUUUGAAAACAUUUGAUGGACUAUUUUCUCAGUCUUCUAUAGCCAUUUUUGUGGCAUGGGCUCUGUAGUUUAAGAAGAAAUUCGACUUCCCAACCUUUGAAAAGCCUUAAAAUGAAAAUUUUAAUCCAAAAGAUCCAUAACCGCUCCUUUUCUUAGCGUGUCUAAUCAGUGCAUACAAAAGGCCUUUUCUGCAAGGGGCUCUGACACCUGUGGCCUUUUCCUGAGUGUUUAUGAGCUGUACGGAAUAGGCAACUUUAUUCGGCCUGGUGUGGAGAAGAAUCACGCAGAGGUUAAAUGCUGUCUUUUCAUGCAUAGAGAAUUCAUUUUGUUUAGGGAAAUGGUGCUGGUGUCCCGUGGCCUCUAUCCAGGGUAGAAAAUUUCAGACACCUACCUUUAAAAGUCCUGGAGUACAGAUUAACUUGAGAUCUGUAUGUCAACACACUUUUCUCUAAAUUAAAAUAUUGUUACUUCCUUAUGGUAUAAGUAAUUGUUGCUAGAAGCAAUGUUUAACUGUUAUAAUAAGCGUAAACGAUACUGUUUCCUUGUACUUCAGACCUUUUCUCCCACUUGUGUUAAAAUCAAUUGUUUCUAAUCAGUAGCCUUGCAUCUAAGCUUUCACUGUGACAUGUGUCCAGUCUGCAUGUUGGUUAUGAGGCUUCCCUGAUGUAGAGGUGAGCACACCCUCCUCAGAGCACCACUUAGAUGCUACAUUGGUGGUUUCUCACCUUACUCUAUUAACCUUGCAUGACGUCGCUUGCUUUCUAUGGCAUUUGAACGCAUCAAUCUGGAUGAGUUGUUAACUUCUCAGAUAACUAUUUUUGGACUCUGAGUUAGAGUCAUCACGUUGAGACUAUUAUCUUUUAUAUUAUUUCUUAGUGCUUUUUGGUCAUUGAAAUUUCUAAAGAUGGUUUUUGCCUUUGAAAAGGUGGAGGGGGAGGGAGGAAGAGAGAGUAAAACAGUAAAGCAAGAAUGUUGUUGUUCCUCAGUGCUCAGUAGUAUUGAUCUGUUGUUUUGAAGAUAGGAUUGUCUGAUAUUUACUGAAAACUGCUAUGGCAUACUCUGUCAUUAUUGGACUUAGGGGAAAAAACUGGAAAAAGAAGCAAGGACCAGGCUAGAUUUUUAAGAAAAAAAAUCUAGAUAUAUGUGGUUUGUGUUACAAGUUAUGUCUAUUUAUAACAAACAUUUUGUAAAUCAGCAUAUUUUUCUUGAUUCACUCGUAAGAAAAGGGAUUGCAAAGCUCUCUAAAGAACUGCUUUGCAAGGUAGACUACGACAGCCGUGAGGAAGUCUCCUUACCUGUGAAAAGAUGUAAGAUUUCCUUAAUGAAGUAACAAUUGCAACUAGCAUUCUUUAUGUUAUUGUAAGUUUUUUUAGGAAUUAAAAAUUAACCUUAAAAUUUUAUCGGUACUUUUGUAACUUUCAAAUUAUAUUUCCUACAGUUCCAGUUUUCAUCGUUGUACACAACUUUUUAUUAAUUAUUGUAAACAUCACCCUGGAAUUUUUUUUCCUUUUAUAUUGGAAUUAUUUCAAAUCCAUUAAAAGUUUAGUGUGAGCCAAUGGUACUGUUCAAUGUUCUGAAGUGUAGCGAGGAUCUUCAGAGAUCUUUGCUAACAAAGGAGCCACUUCUUAUUGGUAAAGCUGCUGAUAAAUGGAUACCAAGUCCUGAUAUUGAACAGAGCUGAUGAGCAUGGGCUCAAAAGAUAUAGUCAUAGUUAUCAGAGGACAAACAUCAGCUGUUCCAGCCCUGGGUGGGCUUCAGUUAAUGCUGCCAAUACAAGAAGCUGCAGACGGCAUCUCUUUCUCUCCCCCACUUCACUCCAUUCUCGGUAUCAUGGGCAUUCCAGUAACUGGGCACCACUUUACCCAGUUUUUCCUUGAUGGCAGGUCCAGAAGUAAGGAUAUUGAUACAGACCUGUGUCACGUGUUGGGGUUUUGCCUUGUUUUCCUGUGAAUCAUUUCCAGAGUGAAUUGAGGAGGUCUUAACUACCUGGUGCCCAUAUUUCCACCUACAUUCAAACAGACAAAUCUACCUCAUGAGAACAACUCUGCACCAUGUUUCAGGAAGUAAUGAUGUUCAGUCGUCGGUCCCUGAGGAGCUAGGAAGAUAGAAUUUUUAAAAAGCAGACACAUGUGGACCUCUUGAGAUUCUUCUUGUAGUAAGCAAACAACCAUGUUUAUUUAUUGCUGGCUGAUCCUGGCUGAUAUUUGACAAAGCACUCAAAACUAGUAAAGUUAAAAAUGCUUUUCCAGAUUUAUCCAGGUCUUAAUAAAUUCAUAUGGUGUUCUCUGAGCAGCGCACACUUGGGAAUAAGCCCAGUUUCUAUAUUGUACAUCUGUCUUUUAGCUGUUUGCUUAUUGCUAGCUAGCAUUUGUAGUAUAAAGUAGAUCCCAUUUGCAAGUUUUACAACUUUGUUUACAUGGUUAGUAAAAACUUUAAGGAGGGGACUGCCUGUUGGUCAAGAGUAGACUGGAAUCACCUCAAGAGUAGACUGGAAUCACCUCUAGAGCUGCCCUGCUAUCACUGGGGAACCCAGGGACUUCCUAAGUCGCUCCUGUGGUGGUUUCUAUGAUAAACCCACAGGGCGGUCAAUAUCACUGAGACUUUUAGGGGUUAUCACCAGUAAGAAUGCAUGCUUACACGCAGUUGUCAUUUACUCAAUACUACUGAGCACUGAGGAACAAGAUGAACUUCUGUCUCACUGUUGCUCCCUUGAGGAAGUCUGCCCUCCUCCGCCUUUGUACUUCAGACAGAUGCUGAAGUCGUGAAGGUCACAGUUCUCCGCGUGAAAGCCUCCCUUUCUUCAUUACUAACUAUUCACUCCCUGCUCUUUGUGACCUUGACACCAGAAUCUGAGACAAAUCCUUCUAUUCUGUUGUCUGCUUUGUGGGAUUCCUUCAGCUGCCUCCUCUAUAUUACUACACAAAUGUCAGUGAGCUGCUCUCCUGGGUGCCGCGGUCACCUCUCAUGCCUUAGGAUCCCUUUAUAUCAGAGCAGAUAGAGAAGCCCCCUGAGACUGGCUGGGAACAGGCAACUGGAUGGUUAGGAAGGUCUGCUCUUGUGGUUAGGGAGCCUCUGGACUUAGGCUAGGACUGGGUGGGCUAUGACCCUCAGGGGAUUUUAUUUAGUAAAUAAAGUUCCUGUCACCAUUGCUCAUUAUUUCCACAGGUCAGAAAUACAGGCUAAAAAUAAAAUAACUUUAGUAACAGUUUAUCUAUAUGAAUAGAUGGCAGCUUGUUGAAAGGUUUUUCCUCAUUUUUUUGUGACUGGGUGGUUAUGAUGUCCUUCCUUCUACCAUGGUUACAAUCCUCUUUGGGGUAAUUAAUAGAUACGUCUAAGAUUUAAAAA